GGGAGGAAGAAGUGUGUUUGUUCCUCUGAAACAUGAAGCCAUGAAAUACAUGAAAGAAAAGCCCUCCAUUGUUAUUCCCUCAAAAACUCGACCUUCUUCAACUCCCUUACACCAUUCAUACAUUUCACAAAUCCUCUCCACACCCAACUGGGCUCUGUUACUAAACCACCACCUCUUCUCAAACCCCCUCCUCCUCAACCCUCGCUCCGCCGUAACCGUCUUCCACAACCAACGCAAUGCCUCCCACGCCAUCAAGUUUCACGCCUGGCUUUCGCAUGUCAAACCCCCACUCGCCGCGCAUCCCUCUGUGCAACGUGCUCUUCGGAACACUCUGCAUCGUAACGGCCCCGCGGUGCUGUCGCUCGAGUUGCUCCGUGACCUUCGCAAUUCCGGCUUUCGGCUCACCGAGGACCUGCUCUGCUUCUUGUUUGGAAGCUGGGGAAGGCUCGGUUUGGCAAAUUACUCUGCUCACGUUUUCGGUCAAAUCUCAUUCUUGAGUCUCACCCCUUCCACUAGGUUGUACAACGCUCUUAUUGACGCUUUGGUGAAAUCCAAUUCAAUUGACCUUGCUUAUCUUAAAUUCCAACAAAUGCCCUCGGAUAACUGCCGCCCCGAUAGAAUUACCUAUAACACCCUCGUUCACGGGGUUUGCAAGAUUGGCGUGGUCGACGAGGCGCUUCGGUUAAUCAGACAGAUGAUCGAUAAGGGACUUUUUCCUAAUGUCUUCACUUAUACAAUGCUUAUUGAUGGGUUUUGUAACGCCAACAGGGUUGGUGAAGCAUUUGGGGUUUUUGAGAUGAUGAAGGAGAGGGGAGUUGGUCCUAAUGAAGCCACUGUGAGAGCGUUAGUCCACGGGGUUUUUCGCUGCUUGGAUCCAGGUAAGGCACUUGAUAUGUUGUUAUCUGAGUUUUUAAAUAGGGAGCUGGAGCAGGAGGAGCGUGUUCAUUUUAAGUUAGCUUGUGAUACUGUGGUGUAUUGCCUUGCGAAUAUUUCUAUGGCGAAAGAGAUGUCUGUGUUUCUGAGGGAGGUUUUGGGAAGAGGUUAUGCCCCUGAUAGCUCUGUUUUCAAUGUCAUAAUUGCUUGUUUGGUUAAGGGAGACGAGCUGAGACAGUCGUGUGACAUAUUUGAAAUUUUGAGAAAUCGAGGUGUAAAGGCAAGCAUUGGUACAUACCUUCUACUUAUGGAGGCAUCGUAUAAAAGAGGAUGGAGGGAGGACGGGGAUCGGGUUUUUGGUCAAAUGACUAGUGAUGGGCUAAUUUCUAGUGUUGUCUCAUAUAACAUGAUAAUCAAUUGUUUGUGCAAAGCCAAAUUGACGGAUAAUGCGUCUGAGGCUUUCACAGAUAUGCAGGUUAGAGGUUUUGUUCCCAACCUUGUUACUUUCAAUACCCUUAUUAAUGGGCAUUGCAAGGAAGGAGAAAUAGUUAAGGCACAGGAGCUGCUGGAGAUGCUUUUAGAAACUGGGCUUAAACCUGAUAUCUUCACUUUUAGCUCUAUAAUUGAUGGACUCUGUCGAAUAAAGAAGACCGAGGAAGCUUUUAGAUGCUUUACAGAGAUGAUUGAGUGGGGCAUCACUCCAAAUGCCGUCAUUUACAAUAUCUUAAUUCGGUCUUUUUGUGCCAUUGGGGAUGUUGCAAAGUCAGUGAAACUAUUAGGAAGAAUGCAAAAGGAAGGAGUAAACCCUGACACCUACUCCUAUAAUGCUUUGAUCCAAAUCCACUGUAGGAUGAAUAAAGUUGAUAAAGCUAAAAGGCUUUUUUAUUCAAUGUCAAGAUCUGGCUUGAAUCCGGACAAUUACACUUAUGGUGCUUUUAUAGAGGUACUCUCUGAAUCUGGGAGAUUAGAGGAAGCCAAGAAGAUAUUUUACUCAAUGGAGGCAAACGGUUGCUCUCCUGAUUUGUAUACAUGUAACUUGAUUAUUAAAAUAUUGGUUCAGCAGAACUGUAUUGAAGAGGCACGAAGCAUCAUGGAAAGAUGCAGACUUAAGGGAAUAUCUUUAAAUUCUAUUCCUAAUUAGUGAGACUAAUUUCCUACUAGUUUCUCGGAUGCUACUACAUUAUUGAGCUUUUGAAUAUGAUGACAUCGAUUCUGGGUAUAGGUACCUCAGAUUAUAAAGCCCUGUUCAUAUGGAUAUCUUGUUAUAUAGUGGGACAGAAGAAUCAUUUGUGUUUAUGUAUGGAUGUACUUUUUGGCCAUUUCAACACCAACCGAAAAGAGUACACAAUAAGGAAUUCAUUUUUUCUUCUUUAGUUGGUGACUCUCCAUCAUCAUUUUUGGAAAGAGCUUGAUCUAGAAGCCGCUCUUCUGCCCUUCUUACGAAGAGCUUGAUCUAGAAGCUUUGAUGGACGUGGCUUGGUUAUCGUGUUAUACCAUGCCUCUAGUCUUGCUAUGCUUAUCUUAUUAAUUGUGCUGUUGUUCUGGAGGCAACAAACAACACCUUUUUCCUCUGUUUUCUCCAUUAAUGGAUUAACAUUGAUCACCUUACAAACACCAACAUUAACAGUGGAGGUUAUGACAAAUCACCACAGCCAAGAGCUCGAUCUUUCACUUGUGACCCAUCCUGCACAUUGAAGAACACGAAUUUGGUGGCACUCUUGACUAGAAAACCUGGGAUACCAAAUUUUGUGGUUAUGGCAGUCGCUUAUGAUGUUAGUAGUUUUAUUGGAUAGGGUUUAUAUUAGUUCUAAAUUAAUAUUUGUUCUAGACUAUUAUUAGGGGUGUGUAUCAUACACGUAUCUCUGUAUCGAUGAAGUAUAACAUCUCUCUCUUGUCAUCCUUCUUCACUUCCAGCCCACCCACCCCAAAUAAUUUAAACUGGCUCCAUACAGCUUUCCUCAUAAUAGCACUGGUCACUGGGUCUGUAUGCAGCUUGUUGCAUUUUCCUUUCAAUUUUACGUGGUAACAGUGAAUUACAUCUGUAGCAUAUUCGUGUAACGAAUCUUCAUCUUCAAAGAUCACAUCUACAAAACUGGUAUUAAUUUUAUUCCUUGACCAAGGUGCAUUUGUUAUUAGAAGUUGAGUAUGGCCAGUUUCUGAAUUGCUUGAAUAAUUCAACUCCUUUCUCAAUUGUGGCUUUAUGGACCAUAAAGUCUUAAUGAUCAAUAUUUGAGUUGUGGUGGUCAUAACGAGACUGACCAUCCUGGUGCAAUAUUUCAGUCAUAAUGCAAUUCAAUUGUAUUCUUCCAUUCAGGUAAUUUUAUGUCUAACAAACAACAAUGGACAUGUUUGUUUCAUAUAUCUUUUUACCAUCCACUAAUGCUGUCAUCGUCCAUCUUUUAUGAUGUUCAUGCACAAAUGUUAUGUUUGUACUAGCCGACCGAUGACUAUGUUUUAUUUUUAUGCUCUUUUUUCUUUUAUAUUUCACAAUGUGAUACAAGAACCUAUGGAAAACUCACUCAACGCGUUCGAUACACACAACACAGAAACUGUAUAUCCUCUUUGUAUUUACUUUCAGCCAAAGAAAAUGAUUACAGAGACCUUAACCUCCCCCCUCUCAGGAUAUCAAACUCCUGACGAAACAAUUAAUCUUCCAAAAAGUUCCCCCUCCACUAAACAAACACCUAUUUAUACAAUUCAUCUGCCUCCUAUCCCAAUCCCCUUUCCCAUUAUAUCCAAAUACCCUAUAUCCUAACACAAUGUAAUGGUAUUUGUUGCAAUAUAGUAAAACAUAGCGAGUAGAACAUCUAUCUUAAGUCAGUGAAAAACAAACUCUCUGUACAAUUUCUUUUCUUCGAAUCUUAUUUAAAUUUCAUCAACUGAGAAAUGAUAGCUGAUUAUAGUCUCAACGCUAAAAUUUGAUCGGUUUCACCCCUUGUUGUUCAGUCUGUCAAGUGUCAGGAGCAAAUAUUUCUUGUCAAAUUUCUACCACUUGGCAGCUAAUAAAUGUAUACGUUGAAACUUGUGCAUGUUUGCGAAACUGCUGAUUACAUUAAGACUGUGUUCACUUGAGGGUGAAACACUAUUCACAAAUAUGAGAGAGCGAUGAAUUGAACGUAAAAUCAUGUUCACUUGGGUUGAUCACCGAGCGAUGAAUUGAAGGUAAUUGCGGGAUAUCACCUUUUUGUGUCACUCGCACAAACGCGAAGAUUUGAAAUGAAUUACAGCGAAAUGGCUUUUAUGCCCUUCCUGCAACAGCUGAGAGAAAGCAGAAAUCAUGCAUAGACCGUACUCGAAUCCAACCCCCAGUAUUCGAUUCCAGCCGGGUGAUGGGGGUCUGCGUAUUUUGGAGGUUGGAGCUUGGAUAGGUAGCCAUUUGAUGAUGAAUAUGAAUGGAGAAUGGUGUGUGGUGAUCCUGGACCGUGGCCGGUGGCAUUGUUGAUGAUGAAGAUGCGUUGAACAUGGGGAACUUCAGCUUGAAGCAGGAAGAAGCGUUGAUGAUGGAGAGCGUGGCGUUUUCGGUUGCAGAAAGGAAGCUGUAUCCGAUUAUGGGGUCUGCGUAUUCGGAUACGCUGCAAAGUGAGAGAAAAGUAGGGUGUUGUAUCCGGUUACACGUUGGUUGUAUUCGGUUACAACCUUUCUUUUAAUGGUGUAUCCGGUUACUAGUUCCUCGAUUCGAUUACACCACGCAUGAUUUGAUUACACCACGCUUGACGCUUCCUCCAUCCUUCGUCCAUGCUUCCUCCAUUGGGUUUUGUUGAUGUUAUGAUGUUGGUUCGGUUGGUGGCCGUGAAGAGCGGUGAGGACAGCAGAGGUCCAUGCAGCAGUAGGCGGACAUGACGACGUCCAUGUACCAGCAUCGACGGAGUGUGUGGAAGCAACCUCAGACUAGAUCGUUGAAGCAUGAGGACGAGUAAAUGCAGCAGCGUAACCAUGAGGAGGAGUAGAUGGUGUGCGUGGAGAACGUUAAGGACAUGAGCAGGUCCAUGGAGGAGCAGUCCUUGCAGGAGCCCGACAUGAGGACAUCCAUGAAGCAGAGUGGAGGAUGCACAGUGUGUCGAAGCAGUGCGUGGCGAUGAAGAAGAAGCACCACAAUGGUUGAAGCAGCACGAGUAGAUGCAGCACCAUAACCAUUUUUUUUGUUUGUGUUGCAGGUGAAGGAGUUGUGAACAAAGUGGAUGUACGUGAAGGUGCUGUGAACUAUGCAUGUGCACCCGCUUCUUCUCAUGGUACCUGGAGGAAAAGCAACCGAGUUUGCUUUCUGGCUUCCAACUUCAACACCUUCAAAUGUAGUUGGCUUUGCCACUGGACACAUAGAAAUCAAAGACAUGCUCAAAGUUGGUGUACAACUCAAGGUUGCUGGGAUUGUCGUGCUAUCUCUUCUAAUGCCUUCACUACGGACAUUUGUUUUUGGAACAAAUCCAUAAGUGACAUUGCCAAAGAAACACUCUUGUCGGAUAUGAGAUUGGUUUCUUCUCCGAAUUUCACUUUUCUUUAUAAAUUUGGUGUGUCUACAAGUUUUUGCAAAAUGUUGUUUGUCUAUAGGAGAUGAAAAGAAUUUUGAAUGUGCAGGGGCCUUAAUACCUAGCCAAUGUGGAUACCCUGAGGAGAUAUCAACAGUGCAAAGGAGAAGAGAUAGAAACAAUUUCAUCUCUUUCCUUGUUGCUUUUAUUUUGUAUUUGUUUGUUAAUUUGUUUAUAAUUUAUUUUUUAACCUUCCAAAAUUUUCUUUCGACAUCUCAACCUUCCAGGAAAGGCGUAUC